ACUGAGCCAUGCACAAGAUGAGAGUCAACAAUUUUGUCAGUGUGCUGUGGCUGUGACGAAGUGUGGUCGAACCUGAAAGGAGUAGGUCAACUAUGAAUGUGAUUUUCUGCAUUUUGAGUGCUCUGGUUGUUCUGGCAACUGCCAAACCAUGUGCACAGGACCAUGACAAGCUUUUACUCUCCCUGAAUAAGCAGCUGCUUCGUUCCUUGGAGGACAAAGACAGUCUUCCCAAUCCCAGCGUGCAUCUGGCUCUGCGUCUCUCCACAACUCAUAACCUCAACAAGGAGACUGAGCAUCUGAACAACCUCAAGACCAAACUUCACGAUGACAUUCAGAGCUCUCUCAACAAGGGUCAGGCAGUAUUGGGUCGCCUCGCUCUUUACAUGCUGGCUUUGAAAUCCUCCUGCCACGAUCUCAACAGUCUUACAUUCAGUGUCAAUGGGAAGAGCGAACCUCUCCUCACACAUCUCAAGAAACAGAUGGAAAAUGAGAAGGAACAUAUUGCAUUCAGCCAGAGACCACUGACCAAUUACUACCAGUAUUCUCUUGGCAUACUGACCUUGUGUUUGAGUGGAGUCCGCGUGAACCCACACGUAAGCAACAAGCUCAUACAUGCCGUGGAGCGUGGACUCAUCAAGCAUGGGGACUCUCUUUGCGUUGACACAUAUGCCAUGGCUGGGAUGGCCCUGCAGUGCCUGAAGAAUACCGGCUCCCAUGUGGCGGAUGCCACUCAGCUGGAGAAAGCCCUGGCCACCAUCAAACAGAGGCUGCUGAGCUCUGAGAGAGCCGAUGGACAUUUGGGCAAUGAGUUCAGUACAGGACUGGCUGUGCAGGCCCUGCUGGCUAUGGGCAGCGACGUGCAGACGUGUGCUGCCUCUAUGGAGGCCCUGAGAGAGGAUAUCAGGAAGGGCACGUACGACAACCCCAUGGGCAUGUCCCAGACUCUACCGGCCCUGCACCUGCGCUCCUACCUCAGUCUUACGGGCAAGGAAUGCAGGAAUGAGGAUGAUACUUUGGUUCUAGAUGUUACCUCUCCUGUGAUAGUGCUCCCAAGCCAGACCAAAAUACAUCUGCAGGUGGAGGUGGUUAAGUCUGAUAACGUGGCCACUUCGUAUUCUGUGGAUGUUCCCAAGGGCUCAUCUCUCCUUGAGGCACUGACACUUCUUCAGGGAAAUCAGGCUAGCUUCACGUUUGAGAAGGAGUCCAGCUUGUGGGGUCCUUUCCUGAGCUCUGUGAAUGGGGAGCAGGCCCGUCAGUCUGACCGCAGAUACUGGCGCCUGUCAUCCAAUGGCAAGGCUCUCGGCCAGGGUGUCUCAGACUACAAGGUUGAGGCAGCCCAAAAAAUCACAAUCAAAAACAGUAGUUUCUGAGGCUACUAAUGGUACCACCAGGAAAAAAGCACUAUGAUUUCAAUAAAAAAAAAUAUAUAUAAUACACCGAAAA